AUGCAGGUUCAUCUGACCAAAAUUCAGGGAGUUGCGUUGCGCAUAACCAACUUCAUGACCAACACGCGAAAGGUGGCAAAGGACCGUCGAUCUGCAGGCUAUUUGACAGCAAGAAAAACAUUACUGGAAUCUUAUUGGAUGGAAUACAACACAUGUUAUGAAGAACUAAGGUUGUUCGCUGCGACUGCUGAGAAGGGUGUUGAUGUUACUGCGGUGAAUGAAUAUUUGAGCAAAGAUGAUCAUUCGUCCGUAGAAAUGUUGUUUACAGAAAACCUGGGCGAAUUAAUUGACGACAUCAACGCAUUGCGAACAGAAUCUUACAACAUUACUACAAACGCGGAAAAUUCAACAAACCCAACGACUGUUUGUGUACAGCAAAUGACUACGUUACCACGAAUUAAGAUUCCAACUUUUGAUGGGAAUUUUCUGCACUGGUACGCAUUCAAAGAUUUGUUUGAAUCGGUUGUGUCUAAUCAUUCAAAUUUGAGUAACACACAGAGACUUCAAUAUCUCAAAGACGCGCUGAUUGGUGAUGCGGAACAUGUUCUUGACAAUAUAGUGACAACAGAUGCGAAUUUUCAAGUUGCAUGGGACAUUCUUGUUAAGAAAUAUGAGAACAAGCGCAUAAUUAUCAACUCGUAUUUAACUCAAAUCAUGAAUUUGCCGAAAGUUGAUGCUGAAACUGCAAGUCAAUUACGGGUGUUGUGUGACGGAGUAACAGCAGCAUUGCGUGCGUUACAACAUCUUGGUCGUUCAGUAUCACACUGGGAUGACUGGCUCGUAUUUAUAAUCGUCAAUAAAUUGGAUGUUGCUACACGUAAGGCUUGGGAACUGUCUCUUAGCUCAAGCGAUGAAGUGCCAACGUUUGAACAGAUAAAGAAGUUCCUUGAGAAUCGUAUUCAAUCAUUGGAGGUCAUAAAGUUAGCGUAUGAUGAACCUCAGAAGGCAGCUAAACCGAAAACAACAGUCAAAGGCUAUCACACUUCAACUGCAACAUGUCCGAUAUGUUCGGAUAAGCAUAUCGUUCAGCACUGCAAACAAUUUAAGGCCUCAAGUGCAAAGAAAGAGCUGGUCAUGUGUCAUAAGUUAUGCUUCAAUUGUCUACGGCAAGGACAUAUGUUACGGGUGUGUCCGUCCGAGGGGCGUUGCACAGUUUGCAAAGCAAAGCACAACACAUUAUUGCACGGUGUAUUUUGUAAUAAGGCCGAACCUAAUGUGGCACAAAAAGGAGUGUCGCAAAGUAAUUCAGCGGAUUCGAGUACAACGAAUGUAACAGCCUCUAUAACAGCCAAUAACACAUGUAUUGGAAACACGUCGAACCAUUCACCAGCUUCUUUGCCGACAGUGCUGUUGGCCACCGCGUUUGUGGAAGCACGUGGUCCGAAUGGACACAGACAAAUCUUGCGAGUAUUAAUCGAUAAUGGAGCUGAAGCUACGUUCAUUAGUGAGUUUGCAGCACGACAGAUGCAGUUACAACGUACAGUCGUUAAGAUCCCGAUAAGCGGUGCAUCUGGUACGAGCGUGGCUUGUGCGAAGGCAUUGGCCAAAGUCACUAUUCGAUCACUACAAUAUGAUUUUGAGAUGGAGUGUAUCGCCUUGGUACUUCCAAGGGUAGGGAACAUUACACCUAGUAAGCACAUCCCGAAUACCGAAUUCCCAGAAUUGGGUCAGCUAAAGUUAGCUGAUCCCAAGUGGUACCAACCCGGUGCUAUUGACAUCAUCAUGAGUGCGGCAGACUACGCCAUGAUAAUACGCAACGAGGUUAAACAAAGCGCUACUAAUGGAAUGGUGGCACAGCAUACGCAACUAGGCUGGAUCAUCUUUGGUGGGUUAUCUGAUCAUAAGGGUAUGGCUGAUACUCACAAAGCCCAGUGCUACAACACACACAUCGACUUGGAGCAUACCUUACGUCUUUUCUGGGAACUUGAGGAACUCAACGAGCAUCAAACCCUGACGGAAGAUGAAGUAUACUGCGAAAAACUGUUCGAGCAAACUACAAGGCGUAACAGUCUGGGCCGAUACAUCGUGAAACUCCCUGUGCGAAAGGGCGUUGACCUUCAGCAGCUUGCACCUAGCAAGCAAGAUGCGCUAGUCUUGUUAGAACAUACACAUCGACGGCUUGCUCGCGAACCUGAACUUAGUACAGGUUACAACAAGUUUAUGGAAGAGUAUCGUAAACUCGGGCACAUGGAGGUGUCGAACGACAACAAUGCUAUUCGCAUGUGCUAUUUACCACACCACGGUGUGUGGAAGGCUUCGAGCACUACUACAAAACUUCGUGUGGUGUUUAAUGCUGCACGAAAAUACUCCACUGGGGUAUCGCUAAACGACUGUCUGUACACUGGGCCGUAG